CCCUUAAGAACAACCCGGAGGCUUAGGCCCCGCCCCUCGGGCCGCGGGUGGCAGAAGGCGGCUCCUCCCGCCGUCCCGGAGGUGCCCGGAAGUGGUUCUGGGUCGCCUCCGGGACCAGGCCGCGCGCGCCGCCGCUCUCCGCUCGGGACCGCGUGCCAGACAGUUGCAGCAGACACCUCCAGCCUGGGCUGACUGAUUAAACAGCGGAAAGCAGAAUGUCUGCGGUGGGUCCUGCGGCUCCAUACCCGCAUCACCCUGGUGACAGUCACAGUGGCCGGGUGAGUUUCCUGGGGGCUCAGCUGCCCCCAGAGGUGGCAGCAAUGCCCCGGCUCCUGGGGGACCUGGACAGGGGCACAUUCAGAAAGUUGCUGAAGCUGGUGGUUAGCAGCCUGCAGGGAGAAGACUGCCGCGAGGCUAUGUGGCGCCUGGGGGCUGGUGCAGAACUAUCUGAGAAGCGGCUGGGAGCGCUGAUCGCUGGCACACACACCCUGGUCCAGCAGGCCCUCCGGCUGCCCCCAGCCAGCCUGAAGCCCGAAGCCUUCAAGAAGCAGCUCCAGGAGCUCUGCAUCCCGCAAGACCUGGCUGUGGACUUGGCCAGUGUGGUGUUUGGGAGCCAGCGGCCUCUCCUUGACUCUGUGGCCAGGCGGCAGGGGGCCUGGUUGCCCCACGUUGCUGACUUCCGGUGGAGGGUGGACGUGGCGAUCUCCACCAGCGCCCUGGCCCGCUCCCUGCAGCCCAGCGUCCUGAUGCAGCUAGAGCUCUCGGAUGGGUCAGCGCACCGCUUCGAGGUCCCCACAGCCAAGUUCCAGGAGCUGCGGUUUGGCGUUGCCCUUGUCCUGAAGGAGAUGGCUGACCUAGAGAAGAGGUGCGAGCGCAGACUGCAGGACUGACCUCUGGCCAGCCCCUUUCCAGCCACCCCGGGACAGCUGGCUGACAGGUGUCUCCGGAGCAAAGCCCACCCUUCCUAGGAGACACUCCAGGGACAGUGUUUGAGUGGCAUUCUCUAAGUGAAGGCAGCUAUGUCUUUCCACCUUUUUUGGAAGUAAAGUAACUAUUAAAAAAACAUGUCUUACUGGUUAGGCGUUGAACUGCAGGCCCCCUCUCCAGCUAUCAGUCGGUCCUCUUGCUGGGUAAGGGCACCCACUACUCCAGUGUGGCCGGGUCUUGUGCUCUGGCCUCAGUCUGGGGUCCAGGCCAAAGCCUUUGUAAGGACACGGAGGUUGCCUGGCCCCAUGUAGCAUCUUAGCUCUUGCGCAUUUGCUUUUGUGAACUGUGUGUUUCAGUGAACAUUUCACCCUCUGUCUGAAAUCCCUGUCUGAAACCCUCCUCCUUAAGAAGCCAGCAUUCUAGUGGGGAGGGGGAACAUUAUAAUAAUGCAUAAUAAAAAACAGCUGGCAUGCUUGUUAGAGGGUGACGUUUUCAUAUCCUUUUUCACCAUAAGUUACUGUAAGAUAAUGAAUAUGAUUAUUUGUGCUAUACAGUAUAAACUUGUUGUUUAUGUAUUUUAUGUGUGCUACUUAGUAUCUGCACCUCUGGAACUCCCAAUUUAUCCCUUCCUACCCUCUUCCACCCCGGUAACCGUAAGUUUGUUUUCUGUGUCUGUGAGUCUUUCUGUUUUGUGAAUAAGUUCAUUUGUCUUUUUGUUUGUUUGUUUAGAUUCCACAUAUGAGUGAUAUCAUAUGGUAUUUUUCUUUCUGUGGCUUACUUCACUUAGAAUGAUGAUCUCCAGGUCCAUCCAUGUUGCUGCAAAUGACAUUUUAUUCUUUUUAUGGCUGAGUAGUUUUCCAUUUCAUACACACACACACCCACACACACACCCACAACUUCUUUAUCCAGUCAUCUGUUGAUGGACAUUUAGGUUGCUUCUGUGUCUUUGCUAUUGUAAACAGUGCUGCUAAGAACAUUGGGGUGCAUCUAUCUUUUUGAAUUAAGUCUCCCUCUGUAUAUAUGCCCAGGAGUGGGAUUGCUGGAUCAUAUGGUAAGUCUAUUUUUAGUCUUUUGAGGAAUCUCCAUACUGUUUUCCAUAAUGGCUGCACCAAACUACAUUCCCACCAACAGUGUAGGAGGGUUCCCUUUUCUCCACACCCUCCCCAUUAUUUAUCAUUUGUGGACUUUUGAAUGCUGGCCAUUCUGACUAGUAGGAGGUAAUACCUCAUUGUAGUUUUGAUUUGUAUUUCUCUGAUACUUAGUGAUGAUGAGCAGUUUUUAAUGUGCCUAUUGGCCAUUUGUAUGUCUUCAUUGGAGAAUUGCUUGUUUGGGUCUUCUGCCCACUUUUGGAUUGGAUUGUUUGUUUUUUUAUUAUUAAGAGUUGUAUGAGCUGUUUAUAUAUUCUGGAAAUUAA